UUCAGAAAGAAAGAGACUAGAGAGAGAAAUCUUCAUAUCGAAAUAUGCGCCUCUCCAGAGCUCGACUAUAUCAAGUGGCCUUUUUCAUUCACAUUUGUUUUCCAAUACGCACUCAUACAUUUAUUGACUUCACGAAGGAUUCAAAUAAGAACUUUAGGAUACAGUGGAAUUCCCAUAUAACGGACUCUGAAGGGAACCAGAAACAGGUUUGCCAGAUGUUUGGAGUGGUUUUCGGCCAAACACAUUACUUUUGGAGGCCAAAUUCAGCCAGCCAAACAAAAUCUACAAAAAAGCUACACUUUCGCUAAUUCCGUGGAAUAAAAGUGUAAUCAAAAGUGGUUUUGUUUGUUACAAAAGCUCCCACUUGCUUUCAAUUUCAAUUUUCUGUUAUCUUCUACUUUGUUUCUUGCUUCGUUUUUUGCAAUUUUGAGAUUAUUUUAACAAAAUGUUGAAAAUUGUCUGUGCUAAAGUUUUAUUUUUAUUUUUGUGGCCUUCAACAUGCGGCCAAAAUUCGGCCAACUUUCGCUUUUUCGGCCAAAUCAAUUUUCGACGGCCAACAGCUUUGAAAAACGGCCAGAAUGAAAAUAGUUCGUUAUAUCGGGAGUUUGUUAAACCAGUAUAAAAACUUUUUAUAGGUAUUUUCGUAGUACACGCCUAAAAUACCUUUGAUGGUCUUGCUUAGGCUAUCUCCAACUCCCGGGGUUCGUUAUACCGAGAGAAUUUGUAAGGAGUUUGUUAGUCCUAGGGACCAGACAUAAGUUCGUUACAGGGGGAAGUUCGUUAAACCUGGGGUGCACUAUAUCAGGAUUCAACUGUAUUUGGAAGGCUGGUUUUAGGGAAAAAUCAGCUGAAACAAGCCAGUUGGCAUGCCAAUGCUUUCUGCAGAUAAAUAACAAUGGAAAAAGACCUAGCAAAAAUGUCAGAUUCAAACCUUUAAGAACAAAACAUGUUCCUCGUGCUAAUGUGAAGUUUUAUUUGAAUGACAUAUUAAAAGGCAUGUAACGUGUAAAUGAUUGGCUAAUGCAACACAAUUACCUUGCUUGUUUAGUACAACGCAUGGAAUUGAGCGUAAAAAUUCAAGAAGAAAAAAUGAAAAGUCACGAAACAAUGGAAUUCCACUCCAAACGCCUUUGUUUUAUUAGCCAACUGCUAACGCGACACAUACCCUUUAAGAUAGCAAUUGAUGUGUAUUGAGACAUUUUUGUUUCUAUGAAAACUGAAAGAAAUCUAACAUAUGAAACAUCAGAAUAAGGGUCAGAGAGAAUUAUAUUGAAAUUACACACCCAAUUGUGGAUAUGUAAUAUAUAUUUCUAUAUAAUUUGACAUAUAAUACAUAACGUUAAAAACGCAAGCACAUGACCAGCAUAGUUGUCCAAUCAGUGCCGCACGCCUAUACCACUUUUUUUUUAUAUAUAUAUAUAUAUUCGGUAUAAAAAUUUACACAACAAAUUACCUAAAACAGUACGUACGAACUACUAAACUACAUUAAAAGGACAGAUGACAACCCAGGAGGAGCAAUAUAACAUGACCGCCCCCUGGGAUAUGACAUGUAUAUAGAUAUAACUAAUAAUACUACAUAUACAUAAACUAGAUUACAAUAAUACAUACAUAGUAAAAUACAACAUAUACAUAAACGGUAAAUACUACAAAAGUAGGCAUACAAAACUAUAUGAAAAGAGUUUAUAUGAAAACCUAUACCACUGGAGUCCAAGAGAGAAAACGAACUCCUUCUGUCCACACUAUAGCGGGUUUUUUGUUCACAUGUAGAUCGAAUCCAAAACUGCUAGAUGAAAAAUAGAUCGGGUUCUACCAAUUGUCUGAUACAUGUUGUCAUUAUAGAAUUUUGCACAAUCUGGGUUGUCUAAAAGGUGUUGUCCGAUGGCAGAGUCGCUAGUUUUUACUGUGUUUUUAGACCUACAAGAUCAAGGAGGUUUUUCUCUUUAAGGGACAGUUUUGUUUCUUAUGUUUGAAGGAACAUGCUGUUUUAUCCUAUCCUCCAAUCUUUGGGUUGUGAUCACACUGGCACGUAGAUUUAUAAACAACAGAACUUUUUUGGGUCUCUUUUUGGUGGUAUGAACGCAAUCCUUUUGAACGGAUGGAAGGGCUCUCCUAGUGCUGUAAAUAAUGCGAGAAUUGAUAGCAAAGAAACAUCUUGUGACGGCCUGGUUUAUCUGACUUGAAAAAGCAAGUAAGUGUUACCAACCCAUGGUAGUUUAAGAUAAACUGGGCACUUUUGUGCUUUUGGACACCAAUCAGAUCAAAAGUGCCCUGAGCAAAAAAGUUUCGACAAGGUUGACUUUGCAAAGAGAAUUCUGUUUAAGGCAAAGAGAAUUUCAGCGUAUUUGGAUGACCUAAAAAAUGGGCUUGCGAUAUACACUGGUAAAAGUUUUAAUGUUAGACUUUUCGACCAAAACAUUUAGUUUUAGAAAGGAAUGGGCCUGGGUUAUUUUUUUUUUAUUAUUAAAUUCUUAUUUCAACACGAUAUCCCAUCAGAACUUAUUAUAUCUUAUCAUUUUAGCUUAUCAUAACCUAAAUAAAGGUUAUGAUAAGCUAUAAAAACUAAUAAUGGAAGACAAAAUUUUAAAAAAAUAAUUGAAUAAUAUGAGUGUAGGCUUUUAAGGUGCUUUAUAAAAAUAUCGAAAUCAGCCUCUUUUUUGGAAAUUGAAUGUGUCGUCCACAUAUCGAAAAUAGACGCCAGACUUCUGGUCGUAGUCGAACAAACGCUCUUCAUGAAAGCCAACAAAGAUAUUGGCCAAGGCAGGUCCCAGAGGGCUACCCAUAGCGACACCAUCCCUUUGUUGGUACAUUUUAUUGUUAAGGCUGAAUUCAACUGAACCAUCAGCUCGAUGAAAACUUCCUCUGAAAAUGGCGUUAAGCUUGCUCCGGUACAAAGCAUCGGUACAUAUUUUGAUGGUCUCACUCAGAGGAACAUUUGUGAAAAGGCUACCAAUGUCGAAAGAACACAUGAAAGAUGUUUCGUCUUUGAUGUUAGGUUUGCGUGAACUCGACUGCAUGAACAGCUACCGACUUGAUAAAAUGUGAAGAAUCAGAAAUUAGAUACCCAAAGCAGAACAUAAGUUGAAAAUAAGCCAAUCAGCAGCAAAAAUCAAAGGUCGCGAAACAAAGGAUAUCUGGAAGCAAAGGAUGGAUGAGCUUGGACAUGCCUUACUUUUACGUCUUUGUUGUCCAUUGACAAGGGAGUCAUGAUGUCAAGGAUUGGGCAAGAUCUACACAAAACAUUCACUAAAAGGUCGCAGAUCGUAGAGUAUAAAACUAGAAGUUAGGAAGAUAUUCAUUUUCCCAAAAUCAGGCUGGAAAUUUCUCUUCCUUUUUUCAUUUUCCCUCUCUCUGUUUUCAAAGACAACAAAACGAAGUUCCCCUUUCUCUGUUGUCAAAAACUAGAAUGAUGUCCUUGACAAUUUUCAAGAAACAGAACCAUGCCCCUUUUUUAAAUUCUAACUUUUAUCAUUUGAACCUUGAAAGUGGGGCCCAAGUGCAAUCCCAUAACUUUCAAGCAACCUUAGGAGAUAUCUUUCGGUCACAUGAUUCAACCCGCUCGAUGCUACGAGGAGGCUCGUAGAACUCUAAUCGGAGUUCGCCGAGGCUCCUCCAAUUUUUAUUUCCAAUUGACAUGAUAUCCUAUUGAGUCAGUCUACUUUUCUGAAAAUUUAAGGUCUGGGCCUCCCUCCCCCUCUAAAUAAAACCCAACUUUCCAUCAAUACUAAACAUCUUUAUGUACUUUAUGAUGCCCUUCUUUUUCUUGUGUGGUUAAAAUUCCUCAAUCCUCAAUUCUCAAUAUAGAUUGCUAUGACGUGAUUAUUUGACAAUCUUAUAAUUGAGGCUACUAUCCAAUAUGUCGUCCGUACUUGACUACACGUAGCGCGCAUACUUGGGUGACGCAAACAAAGACCCAGAACUAAAUUAUUGUCUUUCUUGCAACACUAUACCUGUUCUUUGUUUUCCUAUACGCAUCUAGAGCUAAACCCAUUAGUGGUAUGAAAGACGCAAAUUACGUGCAAUUCGGCCAGGUCUACUGGCAAGACAGGGCAACAACUGGAAUCAAAAGCAAAUCAAACAAAUGUGUAUGUGAAACAUAUACUGUUCUCAAACAGCUGCUUUUUAUCAUAUUCGUUGAUUUCAUUAGCAUUAACAGCAUUUAUCAGGUUAUAACAUUCACCUAUUUGUCAAGUAAAGAAGUAAAAUGAUGACGAAAUGAUUUUUUUUUUAAUUUUUUGGAUUUUAAUCUUUAUAACCGAAAAGAACAUCACAAGAUAUCUCUAUACGUGGAAACUCAGCUAAAUUUGCUGCAAAGGUGUCGAGAUACGGUCAGCGAAGGACAUAAUUAUCGUAGAAAAUCUGAAAUAGCUAAAUCUGACUGGCUUCAUUUUUAUUUUACUGUCCAAAUCAAAAUAAUUUCGAAAAUAGAUUUAUGACGUCAUCGCUUUCUUACUUGUGAAAGCUUUUGAAAAAUACAGUACCUUCUGCGGCAUAAAUUUAUGAGAAAAAAAGGUAUAUUAAGCUGACGUCAGUCUGAUAUCAUUAUAAACUGGCUUUUUUCAGUUUGAGAUUGUGCCGUCAAUUCUUUUUAUGCACGGCGGAGGGUUGUAGCUCCUUCACUUUUUGUCAUAUAUUUGGGAUCUUCAUGCUUUUUUGGAUAGUCAGGCCAAAUUACGCCGUAAUUCAAAGUUAUGUUUUUUACAUAAAUUUUACAGGAAUUCGCUCCUGCAGUAAAACAUUUUACUGCAUCAGCAAUUUCCUGUUCAGAUUUUUAGAAAUUUCUUUAUAUUCAAAACGAACUAAAUCUUGCCCAAACAGACAGUCCAAACAACAUAAUGUUUUUAGGGUAGACUGAAUUCAUAUGCUUGUUGAAUAACUUUGUAAGAACAGGCUAAGUCAAUUCUUGGUUAGAGGAUGACGCCAUCGAUUGUGCAUCUUGUUCUCGACAUACCUUCGUCAUGGCGAAGGUAUGUCGACAGGGGCGGAUCCAGACAUUCGCAACAUUCGCACUGGCGAAUGUCAGAUUUCCACAUGUCUUUUUGUAAUUGUCUGUUAAUACAUUUUAGCAUUGUGAAUAUUGUACUAGAAAUGGCCAGAUAAUAAAAAAAGGUCCAUAGAAUACAAGAAAUAAAAGUUUUGUUUCCUGCCCUAGUUGCUAUGAUGUCACCUUGUUGUUUACUUUAUAGGUUUUAUUCCCUCGUUUUCGUGAUUUAGAGAUGAUAUAUUCGAAAGAGGGCUCCCCCUUUUACGCAUAAAUUCACAGAGCACCAAUAAGGUUUGAUGCGAAUGUCGAAUGGAAUUAUAAUUUAUUAGGCAUGCGUGCGCAAACGAAGUAGUACUGAAAAAUGUAUGCCAAAAAUUUGUGCGAAUGUCAGUCCAGCUAUGUUAUUUAGCCAUCUGAAAACCAAUAGGAAAUGUAUAUGGGAAAUUUUUUUGCGAAUGUGGCGAAGGUAGAUGCGAACUAUGUUCGGUAGCCAGUCGAGGGAGAGAACCUUGGAAAGUGAGCAGAUUGAAACCUCGCUUCCAGAUCAACGGCCAUGAUUGUUGUUGGAAAGCUGUGGAGAUAUUUGCUUGCAGAAGAGCAGCAAUUGUACUUCAGAGGGAGUGAAAGGAGUCAAAUAUAAGAUGAUUUUUAAUUUGAAUCAGCGGAUUUCUUAUGAAGAUGUUCAAAGUUUGUCGAAUAUUUUGGUUGAUGGAUGGAAUUUGAUAGAUGGCAAUAUGCGAGGACAGUUCAGUUGGACCUAAAAUUGUUGAUCCAAAAUUUUGCCUAUGUUUUCAUUUUUAUGAUGGAGGACGUUAUUUAGACAGAGAUUCAGACUCAAAUAAUAUUUUGAAGAAUACGUGAUGCUUUUUAAGGUAAAUAGCCAUUUUUAUGCAGGCUGUCAAUCAGAACUUUUAGGGUUAGCAUUCUGACGAAUGAUGCUGUUCUAUAAAUAUCUUGAUGAAUUUGAAUAUGCUGAAUUUUAGAGUUCUAGAUAUUUUUUAUUGAUAGAUGUUGUUAUUAUCACAAACCUGUGAAUAGUUUGACUGUGCUGGGGAUUUGUUUUUGAAUAAGAUAUUGCAUUUUCUACGGCGUAUUCUUUUCUUGUUAAUUUUAUGCUGUCAGUUUUGGAAAAAUCUAGACUGCCAUAUUUGUAAAUGAGAAAUUGUAAUAGUAUUUUGAUUUUAUUUGUCUGGUCAUGCCAUAAAUAUGGUAACCCUUUUCGCGAGUUUAACCUCUAAAACUAGUAAAAUUAUUUGUGGUUUCCACACUAUAAGAGUAUACCAUUUGAAACUCUUGGUUCUGAAAUACCCUUAAGAUUCAUUAAUUUUUGUUUAUGAAUUUGCAAGUGACUGACAGUUUUCUUUUCUAUGUAAUUGUGUGUGUAAAUAAAUGUAAAUAUGUGUAAAUAUGUGCAGUCAAUGGAAUGAUCCUAAUGGGGGAAUUACUACAUUAUUAAUAAGAAAUUCACAGCAAGUUGGUUCUGCCAAGUAAAUAUCUUAUAUAAAUCCAUAUAGUAAAAGUUACCAAGUUUGCCUUAUUUCUUUGCCAUUACUGACUUUGUUUGAUGUACAUUUUAAAUUUGUAUAUAAUAUAUUUAUGAUGUUGUUGUUAUGGAAAGACAAUGAAUUGUUUUAAAUUCUGUUACAUUUUUGCAGUUUUACCAACACCUAAAAAUACUAAAAUUGUAUGAUGUCUAUUGACCUAACUUGUAUUUUUGGCCCUGUUUAAGGCACAUCACACAGCAGUUUAGAUAGAAAGGCGAAUGCACAAAAUAAAUAACAGAAAAGCUCUGAGCCCCUAAAGUAUUUGGUGUUGAAGUCAAACAUUUGGGUGGAUAUUGCAUUGAAAAUUUCUACACUAAACACAGUAUUUGACUGUUAAAUAAUAUCAUUGUAUAAAUAGAACUAAGAUUCCUUUCUUUAAAUGGCUAUUUUUUAAGUGAGUGACAAAAAUGUUUUUCAUGAGUUUUUCUCCCUGAGAAGGGGUGAUACACCUAAUAUACCCUUAUUUUAGCUCAUCCUCUUUGUUCUUGACAAUUUGUGAUUCUGUGCCUAGACUUGCCAUUAAAUCAUCAUUAAGAGGACAUUUCAAAUCUUUGCUGUUGUUUUUCCAUCACAAAAGCCAUGUAGGAAACAAAACAUGCCAACACAACAAAAGCUUGAUCACAACAAAAUCUCUUUUCUUGUUCACUCAAUAAGUAAAAUGCCAAAUCGUCAAUGAAAUCCAGACCUGGCUGUGAUUUUAAUAUUUAUCCUUAAAUUUCUUAAUCUUUGGGCCUCAAUAUUUUUAUUUAACCUAUGCUGUUUAAAAAAUGUGUUGUUAGUUUCCUAAUCCUAAAACUUAAUAUGAGGAAAAAUACAUCUUUAAGUGGAAAACUUCGAUUCUGAGACUAUAGUAAAAUUUGACUGAUUUUUUUGGGCGUGGUCAUAUAGGCGUGGUCGAAACUUUGCGAAUGUCAGAUUUUUUUCUGCAUCCGCCCCUGUAUGUCGAGUAUCUCGUUGAUUCGUAUGUUGAGUAUCUCGUUGAUUCAACAUGGCGAUUUCAAAUCUGAGGUCCAUUUUUGACGAAGGUAUGUCGAGAACAAGAUGCACAUUCGAUGACGUCAUCCUCUAACCAAGAAUGGAUUUAGCCUCUUCUUACAAAGCUAUUCAACAAGCAUCUUUUUUAUUUACAAUCAAUAUUCAAGUAUAGCCCAGUCAAGGGAUGUGAUCCCCUUUGUUAAUGCUGAGCGUAACCGAUUUUUACGGUUCUUGUCUUUUAAGAUAUUUUUUAGGCCGUGUUGGUUCAUUUCAUAGCAUUACAUGCAGCCUAUUUUUUUCAUGUCUCAUAAUGGAAACCCACCACUACGAUUGUUUUAUAACAAUUUUAUUGGAAAUUUCGAAAGCUUUUUCAAACUUGAUAUUCAAAAGAAGUUUUCCAAGAUUCAUUCAAGGAGCGUUAUUUGACACAACCUACUACAAUUCUGUAAAAUUAAAGAGUGUUUUUAAUGUAGCUUUUUAAUAUUGAGGCUUUCCAGCUGAUGUAGAUAUCCAGCCUACUUUCUAACCUGAACCUCGUUAACCCACGACCAUUUACGUUUCCGUUGCGCUCCUGAGUAGAGGAAACGGCUUCCAAAUGAUAGAUCGCAAGGGUACCAAUAAGAAAGGGUGUGCGUUGCUGGGCAGGAUCAAAGCUGAGGAGUGAUUAAGCGUGGUAGGACCAGGGUGCGCAGCAAAUGUCUUCUAACGUACUUAACGUUUGGCACGAAGUCGAUGAUAUUAGAAUGUUGGGUGUGCCAAUACAAUUGCAGGAGGACUACAUGAGAUCAUGUCAAUAUGCAUACCCGCAACGGUACACAGCCGGACAGAAGAAGAAGCAAAGAAGAUAUCGAACCACAUUCACUCAGUUCCAAUUAGAUGAACUGGAAAGAGCGUUCGAGAAGACACAUUAUCCAGACGUUUUCAUGAGAGAAGAACUAGCUUUGAGGAUAAAUCUAACGGAAGCAAGGGUGCAGGUUUGGUUUCAAAACCGCAGAGCAAAGUGGCGAAAGAGGGAGAAGUUGACGAUGGCCUACCAACAGCAGCAACAGCAAAAUAGCAUGCUUCCAGGAGGGACACCUUGUGAUAUCCAAAGCCCUUAUCAUCUGUCAUCGAGCCCAAAACAGCCAGCAGCUUCACGUCCUGGCGUACCCUCCCUGACACACCACGGGCCUUUUCAACCAUGGACCCAGGCUUAUUAUUCGCAGCCAAAUUCCUUCCCAGGCUUCCCAGACUACCACUCUUCGCAGGUACCUUAUCCUCGACCAACACAGUAUUAUUCAUCACCUAACAGCACACGCAUUUCUGAUGCAGAUACGUUAAUACAGCCUACCUCCCCACCAUAUGGACAGACUGGUUUUAGUGGCUCAGUCAAAGGCCAUAGCCAACUUAUUUACGCGUGACAAUAUGGAAAUCCGCAGAAAUAAAUCAACGAUAUUUUGAAGAAGUUAUCGCUGAACUUUGCUGGUAAAAGGCUGAUAAUAUCCUAAUAUUUUCAAGUGCAUUUAGAAGGGACUGGUUGUAUAGAAUCAAAGGGGUGCUUUUUCAACAAUAUUUAGCUACUUCGUUUUGUUAUGGAAGUUCCAUCGUGGAACUCAGAUUUGUGCUUUUAACUAGAAUCGCAAGUAGUUUACAAGUCUUUGACUAUGCAUGGCUUGGGCUUUUCAGUUUCCUUUUAAUGGUUUGCUAUUGGAUCAUCACCAUUUGUGACUCACAUACUGGCUGUUAGUGAACUGCCCAUCCCCCAGGAACUGCCCCUCCCUCAGGAACUGCCCUUCCCCCAGGAAGUGCCAUUGGCUCAAUUUUUAAAGGCUUAAUUAAACCUACCUAUUAAGUCUAAUUACACUGCCGACCACUUCAUCCCGAGAAAAAGUUUCUAAUUUUGUUUCAUCUACUAACGGAAACAAGAUUCAGAGGUUCAUAACCCAAUCAAGUGGAUACAAUAAGGGUUUGAUUAGACUUCGUCUCGAUAUAUUAAGGGAUGUGAAGUCAAAUACAAUCUUCCCAAAGUGCAUUAAACUCGAUUUUCCUUAUUCAGUCAAAUCAAUGGCGAACAUAGACAAUAACCCAAUCAAUCGAGGCCAAAAAAAGUUGAUCUGAUUACAAUGACAGUCUUUAAAUUUUACUACUUUUAUAAAAUGAAUUUUCCCUCUUUUCGCUCAUUUGAAGACCCGAAAAUUGCACCCAAAAUUGUGUACGUUGCAAAAUUGACAAGAGAUUAUAAGCAAAAUUAACGUACAUUAGAAAGUUUACCAGUCAACCAGUCAAAUGGCAAUGACCCGCUAUUGCUGCUAAGUUGAAAUGUGUCUCGACGCUUACCUCUCGAAGGUAUUGGUCAUCUAGUGUAAUAAACCAGGGCAGUGCUUUUUGCAGUGUGAAUCAGAUGACUCCGGCCGCAUAAGACGUGAUGCGAUACGUAGUCAAGUGGGAAAUGAUGCCAGCGAAGUGCCUAGUCGGUGGUCAGUCAAUUACUGUUUACUCAAAACGUGACACAAUUCAUUUACGGCUAUGCAGCCCUGCAUCUUUUCCAUUAGCAAAUCCAUUCAUCAUUGAUGCAUAUUGUUCAAGUUCUGAUCAUGCAUAAUACAUAUCGUAAUUGAAAUGAGCAAUUACAAAUGGUCUUGCAAACUAGAUUACAUUUAUUGCUUAGAGAUGCUGCUGUUUUAAAUGUAGUUAGCUCAGUUCAUUGUUUUAUUAAAAGCUGAUAUCAAACUCGUGUUGCUGUUAUGUUUUUUUGUACUUGAAUACGACGCUUGCAUUCAAUUAGUCAAUUAUAACAGCUUUACUUGUAAAUAUACAUUUCUAGCAUAUCAUAGUUGGUAAGAGCAUAA